GCUCAGCACAAUCCCUGCCACUCGAUUCCAUCCACGGGUCAAGGUAACAUCUUUAAUAAGUUCAAGGGCUGUGAAAAACCUAUCGACCGGUGCGCUGAACCCGAUCAGCACAAAGACACGUCCUAGCCAAUUGGAGAUCUACGAAAUAAGAGCGCUUAGGGGACGAAAAAAGAAUUUUCGUAGAAAUGGUUUGCUGCAAGAAGAAACCAAUGGAGGAUAAACCUGAAAUAACUGUACCGUUUCCUGACGGUGGCUGGGGGUGGCUUGUUUGCAUGGCCACGUUCACUACGCAAUUCAUCGUUCUCGGCACUAUGAACAACUUCGGGGUGGUGUAUGUGGAGCUACUAAACGAGUUCAAGACUGGAAAAGCUGAUGCAGCAUGGGUUGGUUCCAUAACAUAUGGGAUGAUGUUCUUACUUGGACCUAUUGCAACCACAUUGUGCCAAAAGUUGGGCUGUCGUGCUACAACAAUGAUUGGUUGCAUGAUUGCCGCAGGAGGUUGUCUUCUGGGUUCAAUAUCAACAAGUAUUUACCUGAUGGACUUGACAUAUGGGUUCCUUUUUGGUGUUGGAGCAAGCAUGUGUUACUUCCCAUCUGUGGUAAUCUUAGGCCAGUACUUUUCAGAGCGUCUCUCCUUAGCCAAUGGGAUCACUUCCUCAGGAAGUGGUGUAGGUACACUUUGCAUGGGUCCUAUAAUGCAGAAAUUAAUACAGCACUUUGGCAUGCGCAACACAAUGAGGAUCUCUGCUGGAAUGCUCUCUUUGGUAGUAUUCUGUGCUAUUAUUUACAGGCCCAUAAACACUGGUUUUCUAAAACCACCACCCAAGCCUGCCGCAGGGCAAAAGCAGUCACGAUUUGCUGUUCUCAAAAGUUUUAAGGAACUGUUCAGGAACAAGGCAUACAUUUUGUGGUGUGCAGCACUGGCACUGUGGAUGUUGGGUUACUUUGUGCCAUUUGUGCACUUGGUGCGUCUUGCCACAGAAGAAGGUAUCGACCCAUUUAGAGCAACUCUGCUCAUCGGCAUCAUGUCAGUUGGAUCUACUCUUGGACGUCUCAUUUUUGGCAAGGUGGCUGACUACCCAAGAGUGAACAGAUUGUACCUUUACCAGAUCUCCUUCCUCAUGAUUGGAAUUAGCAACACUCUGUGUCCUGUAUUGACCUCCUACACUGGGCUAGUGAUCUACUCUACUGUGUUUGGCUUCUUUGAGGGGUGCUAUGUGCUUCUGGCUCCUGUCCUAACAGGGGACAUUGUUGGAAGAGACAAGAUGGCCCAUGGUGUCGGUGUGUUAUUUGCCCUCAAGUCUGUGCCUCUUACUCUAGGACCUCCAAUUGCUGGCUUCAUCUAUGAUGCAUCCAACUCAUACCAAGUUGCCUUCUACAUUGCUGGUGCUGUGCCAACUGCUGCAGCCUGUAUGAUGUUUGGCAUUCCAUACCUCAUGCCAGAAAGAGAAGACAACAAAUGCAAGGUUGUCCUCAUGGAGGAGAGUGGGUUCAAUGAAAAGCCAACCUACUUUGACGAGAAAUCAUCUCACCUUGACGAGAAGAGAGCCAUCAUGGAAAAGGAGCAACAAAUGAGUGGCAAAAACAACAACCCCAUAAUACCUGACGUCAUCAUAGAAGAACCAGAAACAGACGAUAACAGACCAGUGUCAUUCUGUAGCGUAGGGAGCAAUAAUGGCCUUUCUACUCUCAGUGUUAACAACAAACGUAACACCAUGGGACUUAGUACAAAUAGCAUUUCAUCAGUGCGAGAGACAUGCCUUGUGUCAGUUGACACUAUCAAUGUCAGAAGAAGCAGAGUUCUGCAGCUUAAAGGGGAGCUAAGUAGUUCUGUGUUUUCACUUGUCAGACGUUAUAUGGACAUGCCAAAGGAGAUUGCAGCAAGUGAAUGCGGAAGUAUAGCAUGCAUUCCACAACAUAUUGCCAACACUCCUCAAGAGCCUCCACCAGUCCCAAAAGAAAGAGUGGUCAUUGUAGGAAAAGAAACUGUUGUGUAAGUCACAAUCAUUUCCUCAAUCAGUCCCUUCUACCAUGGAGUACUCUUCACAUCAGGUAGAAAGUCUUGAAUAGCACUUUAAAUUAGUGCUACAAAUCAAAAAUAGUUAUUAAAAGUAACUUCAAAUUACAACUUCAGCACAAUGUAUUGUGCAAAAAGGGUAAAAUCAAUGCUUUGAUUUUAAGAAAACACAGACGAGAUAAAGAAAAUAAACACUUUAUAAACCACAAGGUAACUACUUUAAAAUAUAUUUUUUGGGGAUCAAGAGGCAUCCAUUUUUAGCACUAACACAAUGCUUUUAAUCAAAAAAGCAAAUCACACUGUUAGUGAUAUUGAAAAUAACUCUAUCCUAUUAAUAUAACGGCAGAUCAAGAGUGGUUCCAAAAUCAAACGAUCAAUUCUCUUCACCAAUUGACCUGAUUUCUCAUGACAUUAGUGAUAUGAAAUUGGGAAUACAUGAAGGUAGUUUUACUUAGGUAAGGAAAUUCUCUCUUAUUCUUCAUGAAAGGUACAUUCUAAAUUGAAUCAGUUCCUGUCUGAACACAUUUUUGAACUGGAACUUUUGUGAGAGAAGUAUAAAACUGAAUUACAAAAAAAUUUGACAACCAAAUUCACUAUUUAAAGAGGAGCUAUAUUAGAAUACCUCUUAACUAAAUAUCUCUAACUCUAUUAUUUGUUGGGUAAGUUCAGUUAAAGGUGCUCAUUUCAAAAGGCUUUUUAAAUACUGGGAACUUUUGAUCUUCAGAUUAACUACCUCCGCCUCUCUCACUGUAUCAUAAUAAAAACACAUGCCAAAAAAAGGUGAAUUGUGAGGAGUUUCUUUUGACAAGAGCCUUGAAAAAAGGCUCAAAUGUACAUUUCAAGACUUACACAUCAGUGAGAGGGCACGAGGUUUUUCAGCCUUUUAACAUGGGUACUGAUUCCCCAAAAAAAAAAAACAAACAAACAAAUCUGAUAAAGGGAAAAUGUUCUAAAUUAUUUUGUC